CCCACCGUGGCGGUAAGCGAGACGAUAUCGUUUGUGAAAAGAGACGGCAGCUCGACCCCAAACCAUUCGUCUCAUUCAAUGAAUUCAAAAGACGCGUCAGGAGGCGAGAAUGGAGGCAGGACGACGAUGAUGUUGUUGCCGCCAUGACGGGCUGCUGACCAUCAAGGCAAUCAUGCCGGUCCGGAGGGGUCACGUGGCGCCACACAACACCUUUCUCGGAGUCAUCAUUCGCAAAUUCGAAGGACAAAACAAAAAAUUCAUCAUCGCUAAUGCACGUAUGAAAAACUGCGGCAUCAUCUACUGCAACGAUGGUUUCUGCAAGAUGACCGGAUUCUCCCGGCCGGAUGUCAUGCAGAAACCGUGCACGUGCGACUUCCUGCACGGCCAAUUCACCAGCCGACACGCCAUUGCCCAAGUAGCCCAGGCCCUACUGGGCUCGGAGGAACGCAAGGUGGACAUCACGUACCACCGCAAGGAUGGAUCCAAGUUCCUCUGUAUAACACACAUCAUCCCAAUGAAGAACGAGGAAGGCGUGGUCAUGAUGUUCAUCCUCAACUUUGACUACAUUCUGGAGAAUGGCAGUCGUGACUCGCUGGAGAAGAUAGACCAUGCCUCUCCUACCAAAGCAGACCAACAAAAAGGGAGAUUCUUCCAUUUUCGUUUCCCGGUUUUUACGCUUUUGGGGAUUGGCAAGCAAUCCCUGCCCCAAGAAGACCCCAAUGCAGUGAUGGUGGAUUCCCCACGUCACAGCAAUAGCUCAGCUGCAACACGUGACUACCAACUCCCAAACACUCGCAAGAGAUGCAGUCUCUCGUACGCCAAUGACACUCGCUCCCUUAUUGCUCAAAGUCAACUUUCUACACCUCUGUCCGGCCCUUUGGAUCACUCAUCACCAAAAGUUCCUUGGGACAAAUUAUCUUCAGAUCAGGCUGUCCAGACCCACAAGAAGAACCAGGAGGACAUGGCUGUUGCUGAUUCAUCCAUCCCAGGCAACACUCAAACUGCAUCCAGAGAGAAAGUCUGUCGGAUUCGUAGAGCCUCUUCCCUACAUAACAUGGACAGGUUUAGAUUCAACUCCAAGACCACCUUCAGGGAUCGGCAUGCCAGUGAAGGGCCUCUCAGAAGGAUCAAAUCAAGUCUGCUCGGGUCUACCUCCGACUCCAACCUCAACAAGUAUAGUGCAAUCAACAAGAUUCCACUCAUCACACUUAACUUCUCGGAAGCCAACAAUGAGAAGAAGUACUCCUCCCCCUCGUCUUCUGAGAAAACCAUUAUUGCAGCUAAGGUCAAAGAGCGCACGCAUAAUGUCACGGAUAAAGUCACGCAGGUUCUUUCGCUGGGUGCUGAUGUGCUGCCUGAGUACAAGCUUCAAACACAAAGGAUGGACAAGUUUACCAUCCUUCACUACAGCCCCUUCAAAGCUGUGUGGGACUGGCUCAUCCUACUGCUGGUCAUUUACACCGCCAUCUUUACACCCUACUCCGCCGCCUUCCUUCUCAACGACCUGGAGGAGCAGAUAAGGCAGGAAUGCGGUUACUCCUGCUCGCCGCUUAAUGUUGUGGACUUGAUCGUGGACAUCAUGUUCAUCGUAGACAUCCUCAUAAACUUCAGGACCACAUACGUCAACAUCAACGAGGAGGUGGUUAGCCACCCGGGCAAAAUAGCCAUCCACUACUUUAAAGGCUGGUUCCUCAUAGACAUGGUGGCUGCCAUCCCCUUUGACCUGCUCAUCUUUGGAUCCGGAUCAGAUGAGACCACCACCCUGAUUGGUCUCCUAAAGACGGCCCGCCUCCUGCGACUGGUACGAGUUGCACGCAAGCUGGACCGUUACUCAGAGUACGGCGCUGCCGUGCUAAUGCUGCUUAUGUGUAUUUUUGCCCUCAUCGCUCAUUGGCUGGCUUGCAUCUGGUAUGCCAUUGGGAAUGUGGAGAAACCUUACUUGGAGCACAAGAUUGGCUGGCUGGACAACUUGGGCGUGUCCAUAGGGAAAGUGUACAACUACAGUGACCCAAGCUCAGGGCCGUCCAUCAAAGACAAGUACGUCACGGCAUUAUACUUCACCUUCAGCAGUCUGACCAGCGUUGGGUUUGGCAACGUCUCCCCUAACACCAACUCGGAGAAGAUCUUUUCUAUCUGCGUCAUGCUCAUUGGAUCUCUCAUGUACGCAAGCAUCUUCGGGAAUGUGUCGGCCAUCAUCCAGAGGUUGUAUUCCAGUACUGCCCGUUACCACCUCCAGAUGCUUCGCGUCAAAGAAUUCAUCCGCUUCCACCAGAUCCCGAACCCCCUCAGGCAACGGCUCGAGGAAUACUUUGAGCACGCCUGGACGUACACCAAUGGCAUAGACAUGAAUAUGUUCCUGAAGGGUUUCCCAGAGUGCCUACAGGCAGAUGUCUGCCUUCACCUCAACAAGAACCUCCUGCAGGACUGUAAGGUGUUUCAAGGUGCCACCAAAGGUUGCCUUCGGGCUCUGGCCUUGAGGUUCAAGACCACACAUGCGCCCCCAGGAGACACACUGGUCCACAGCGGAGAUGUACUCACUGCGCUGUAUUUUGUCAACUGUGGCUCCAUUGAGAUCCUGAAAGACGAUGUAGUUGUAGCCAUCUUAGGCAAGAACGACAUAUUUGGUGAGAUGAUCCAUCUCUACACCAAACCGGGGAAAUCGUGUGUUGAUGUGCGAGUGCUGAGCUACUGCGACCUGCACACCAUCCAGCGAGAGGAGGUCUUGGAGGUGCUGGAAAUGUAUCCAGAGUUUGCUGACCAUUUUGUCACUAACCUGGAGUUGACCUUCGACCUCCGAGAUGAAAAUGCCAAGACGCCGUCCCCACAAGAGACUGAUUCCUAUAUGGAUGCCAUGAUGAGUCAAAGGAGAGCGUCCUGCACUAAGAAGACAGUCUCUGGUUGGCAGCACGAGGAGCCUACAGCCACGUGCUGUAACGCCAACCAACGGGAAGUCAUGGGCUCCUCCACCCCCACAGCCAAGCAGGACAAAGAGGAGAACCAGACGCCGGUCAGCGGUGAGGAGGAAAACGAUCAAAAACCAUUGUGUUCCGGUGCGCUGGGCUACCCAGUGGUUCAGGACCACUGGUCGGGCUUUGGGCUUGACAACACCCAGAACAACCCAAAAGAGAUGCCUGCAGACGAGGGGACAUAUUCAGCUUGCAGUGUUGAGGGGGAGGUAGCGUCACCGUGUCAAGCCAUGCCAGCUCGGAAGGGCAGCGGCGACACAGAUCUCAACUAUAUAGAGGUGGACCAAAGGCUGGACCUGCUGCAGCGCCACCUCAACAGGCUGGAGUCCCAGAUGACAACAGACAUCCAGGCCAUCCUCCAAAUCCUCCAGAGGCAAAGCACAGCUGGUCCUCCUUCCUACAGCACCGUUAGCUCCAGCCCCGAGUACCAGAGGCCGACCAUCAGGGUGCAGCCAGCGUCGGCCACACAGGCAGAUCUCAACCUAAGUCGUGCUCUGGUAGACUAGACAGCACACGGCCAUCAUUUGUAGUUGAAUUACUUUUAGUCACUCUCUGUGGGUCCUGGUGUGUUAAAUGCCAGAUUGUAAGAAACCUUCACAUUCCUGAUCCACAGAGUCUUCCAGAAGAUUACUGGACUAUCAGGAUGAUGAGCAGAUAGUCCCAUCCUUAGUUCUAUUGAACUACAUCAAUGCCAAAGUUGUCUUCAGAUCGACAAUUCACUGCCUAGCAGCGAGGUAUCAUCAUUUGCUUCUGACUCGGGCUUCCUGGGAGGUAUAGUAGUUUUUUGUAACCUCCUAAAACAACAGACUUUCUCUCAAGCUUGACUCAGGGUCUAAAAAUGACUGAAUAUGCAAUUGAACAAAAAAAAACUUUAUUCCAUUCUUUUCCUCCAGCCGUUCCUAAUGAACAAUAUUAAUGUCUUCUACUAUACAUGUGUGUAUGUAUAUAUAUAU